AUGGUGUCAACACGUGCUCCAACAAAGGGACCAAGCAGAGAUCAAGAUACCAAGCCGGCAAAAGUAACGUCUAAGAAAAGAACUCACAGAAAGACCGAAACGUCCAAUACACCCAAGAAGAUUGCACCGACCAAGAAGAUCAAAAAGAAGGCCGACGAUCGCCAUUCAAAACAGGAAUCCAAGUCGGAGGUGCAGGACAAACCAAGUACCACUGACUCGAAGUCGGAGGCGUCAACCUAUCCCAAAAUUGACUCUCUGAUCGAAAAGUAUGGGGCAAUUCCCCUUUCAAACACGGCACUGGAGGGCCUCCAGUCCCCAAAGCCAGAGACCAUCUUGGCCCUUCUAUUGAACGCCAUGUUCUCAUCGGCCCGCAACUCGCACGACUUGGCCGCCAAAACCACUGCCACAGCCAUCAAAGUACACUAUCACAAGGUCGAUGCCCUACGGAAGAGCUCCUGGGAUGAACGUACUGAAGUCUUGACCGAGGGCGGAUACACCAGAUACAGAGAGAAGAGAGCCACAGGACUAGGCGAACUGGUCGAGCUUAUUGACUCGAAGUAUGAUGGAGACUUGAACAAUCUCUUGCCGGACUUAAGCACCGACUCUUCACCCUCCGAAAUACGUAAACGACUCAAAGAAAUCAAAGGUGUAGGUGAUGUUGGGAUCGACAUCUUCGUGGACACCGCACAAGCAGUCUGGCCAUGUCUUGCGCCAUUCUUGGAUCCGCGCAGUGCAAAUACUGCUGACGCCCUCGGGCUUCCUAGUGACGCUCAGAUCUUGUGGGAGUGCAAAGAGAUCUACAAGGACCCUUUGAGAAUGUGCAGACUGGCAUCAGCGCUGACAAACGUCAGGCUGGAUAAGCGUGAGGGUGAGUUCAAGUGA